UAUUUGCUUUUUAUAUGAUUAACUGCUAUAAUGUACUUAAAGCAGUUUCUUUAGUUCAUUCUGUACCAUAGUGAAGGAAUUUUAUUUCUUGUUCAUAGAAUGUUCUUGAAGUGCUUCAGACUUAGACUUCUCACCUGAAAUAAAGACCUCAUAAGCAUGACAAUGUUAGUCAGAAUAAUUAAAAAAAAUAAAUCUAGGAAUAACAAGAAAUGGGUACUAUCUAGAAGUACUUGCAAGUGCUUGCACACUUUCACAAAGAAACUCAACUUCAGUUACUUACUAUUUUCCUCUGUAUCUGAGAUACUGUUGAUUCCCGUAAAUUUGCUGAUUAAAAUUCUGGAAAUAUGGGCUCAACCAGGCACAACUAUCAUGCUAGAAUUAAGGAAAUUUCAUUGCUGUUUCAUCCAGAACAUCAAAAAUUGUGUCUUUCAGUUAAUAAGGUAUGGAUUUAAAACUGAUUUUUUUGUGAUAUAGCUGCUUACUUUUCUACAGAUUUUAUAUUAAUGAACUUAAGGUUUUAGAUAUGACUUUUAUACCAUUACAGGUGCCAGAGUAUAUUUACAAGGAAACAUACAAAGAAAAAUAAUUACUGGACCAGAGAACAAUAUUGUCCUCUAAACUGAUCUGUUCAUGCUUUAAAUUUUGUGGGGAUUUUUUAGCAGUGACCAGGAUGUAGUGAAGUGAGAUUGAGAAAAUAUGGUCACCCAAGGAACUUUCUACCCAUUCACUGUGUAAAGUUCUUGCAGUGACUCCUGUGGAAGUCAGAGAGGCCAAAAAACUUACCUCAGGAAAAAAACUUAGACUGGGUUCAAUGAAGAAUUCUUCACAUUCUUAAAAAUUUACUAAUUUUCUUCUCAUUAUCUUGGCCUAAUUUACUCAUAUUGGGCCCAUGAAGGUCUGUAGAUCUAUCUGAGACUCAUUACCAACCACAGAAAAAGAAAAUGGAAAUGGAACAUGGAAGUCUAGAAGAGAAGACUGACAGCUGUGGAAGAUUGUAUUUUGAUUCCAUCAUCAAAUAGAAGGGAUUAUUUUAAAUUUUGGAGACGUUAACUUAAAAGAGGUAUUCAGCAUCACUUAUACAUGUGGGAAACAGUGAAACCUAUUGAAAUUUAAAGUAUCCUUUGACUAUUCUUUGGGUUAUUCAUGACUGUUUGUAAAUACUUUUGUAAAUGUAAUAUCCAAACCUUUUUUUUAUUUAUUUGACCAGGCUUACUUAUGAGGUAAACCCUGAGGGGAAAAUUAAGACAGCUUUAGUGUGAGGAAACUGGGUUGUUGUUAAGCUAAGACAGUAAUGGUUUUUUAUCUUCUUGUUACAGAUAAACUAGUGUUACCUUCCUUGUGAUUCAGACAUUGUCUUGUAAAGCAUCUGUAGAUGAAAAGCUGUUAUUGUGAGUUUCUGUCUGAAGGGGUCAGUAAUGUAACACGAUAAAUCUUUUUUUUCUGGUUUCACUCUGAAUUUGUCCUGGAAAUGUCUGGGCUACAAUUUAACCCUUCACUGCAAGAAUUAGUGUUGACUUCUCUUUGGGGUAUUCUUUUUCAAAGUUUUGGGUUAGACACAUCUCCGGUCUCUACGAAUAGUAAACAAUGACAAUAAAAUUAGUUUUUUGAGUUUGUGUAGUUUCCAGAAAAGGAGUGAAACCUUUCCCCUAAGACCAACAUCAGAAAUCAUUGUUUAGUUUGGAUUUUCUCAAUAAUUUACAAAUGUGGGUGUAAUGUGGUGAUGUUAUUCUAACCCAAAUCCUGGACAUUUCCUGGAAAAAUGAAAUCAUUUUGACUUGAUUAAUCCUCUCACUUCUCUGCCAAGGCUCAGAGACUAACAGUGUGCUGGAAAGAGGCAUUUUCCAUGCAGAGAGUGUCUGAUUCAUACAAGCUCAUUACCUUCACUUGUCAUGGAAGUGUUCCAGCAUCAGCUUCUCAGUCUUGUUGGGGGUUUGAUCUGUUUCUGUACUCUGGUAAAAUGCAUCAGAUUUAUGAAAAAACCUCUUCCAUAUAUCUGAAGUUCUUUACCUUAGACUUUCUUUUGGUCAAUGGGAGGAGAAUGGUCAGUGGUCACAGGAGCAGGAGAUGGGAUUGAAAAGCUUAUGCAUUCAGGUAAACUGGCAAGAAGCGGAUUAACUAUAGUGAUGAUGAGGAGAACUUUUCAAAAACUGAAUUUGGUUACAGAGCUGGCUACUGAUCAAAAGCUAAAGGUUAUAUAAGCCGAUUUCACUAAAAAUUCAGUGUAUGAGGGCAUGGAAAAAGAUCUGAAAGACUUGGAUAUUGGUGUUCUGGGUCAGUCAUUAAGGUCUGUUAAUUGUCAGAAAGGUCUAAUUCUGAAUCUGCCCUCUGAUUUGAGUACUUUCCUUUUUCCAUUAUAUACAAUGUACUCAGCCACUAAGGCAAAUCUUUCACAUUGCCUUACGAAGAAAUCCUCAUUAAGUGUUUAUCAAAGCAUUGUAUCAGUAGUAGUGAUUCCUUAUGGUGUAGCAGAAGAGUUUAUUAGUGAAUCACUGGAGUACGUCACCUUUGGAGAUGAGAUUUUUGGAUGUCUCACCCAUGAAAUUCUGAUUGAAUUUGGCUGUGUGUAAAUGACUUCCAAAGACUUCAGCCAAGUCUGUCUGGACUCAGCCUGUUCUUUUCACUGUUUUCAUAGACCUUGGACAUCAAAUGAGAAAGAGACAGCGGGUUGUCUUAAAGCUAAAAUGGCACCAGUAAAAUAUGAAAAGAAGAACACAGAAGUAAAGUGUAGCAGUAACAGCACAAUAUGGUUUUCUCUGCUUAUGAGCCUUGAGCUGAGCUCAGUUUGAUGUCUGUGUAGUCUUUAUCCUCUCUCCAGCUGCCUGUUUUCAUGACCUUGCUAAGGAAUUUUCCAAGACCUCUACUCCUUCACAAAAAUUGGCCAGCAAUUUCAAAAGUUAUUAAUGGGGGAGAGGAAGGACAUAAAACCAGAAUGUACUAUCACAGAGACAUCAUUUCCUUGGAUACCAUGCUAGCAAAAUAGAGUAAAAUAUUUGUACACAGCAGCUGUUAAUGAUGAGCAUUAAAUGCAAGUAUAAGAAAGGGAAUAGAUUUGCUGAAAGAAGAGGAAUUAAUAUUUUCCUCUAAGAGAAAUGUAGUCAUUGAAAGCCUGAAGUAAAAGCUUUUGUGGGCCUUAUUUUGUGGGCUCUAAGAAAUUUACAUUAUGAUUUUAACAUAAUCUUGAAAGUCACAAAUAAUUAUGCUUAUUUAAUGUUUAUGAAUAAAACAAUAAUUUGUUUUAUUGCCA